AUGAACUGGCUCCUCGCGGCGCAAAUCCCCGCGACCAUCCUCGCCCUCUGGCUCUUCACAGCCUACAUGACGCGCUCCUUCCCGCAGCUCCGCGGCAAGCGAAUCUGCCUCUUAAUAGCCCACCCGGACGACGAGGCCAUGUUCUUCGCCCCGACGCUGCGCGCCCUCACGCAGCCCGCGCUCGGAAACCAAGUCGUCAUCCUCUGCCUGAGCGCCGGCAACGCGGAAGGCCUGGGUCCGAUCCGCAAAGCGGAAUUGGAGAAGAGUGCCAUUCUUCUUGGGUUGCGGAGUGCGGAGCAUGUCGUCGUCGUGGAGGAUGAGAAGCAUUUCCCGGAUUCGAUGCGUGUGGAAUGGGAGGAGCGGCAGGUUUCGAAUUUGUUGAUGAAGUUCUUCGCGCCGCCGAUGUCGACGAGCAGCGAGGAGCCGGCGGCGGCGAAGAUCGAUGUCCUCUUGACUUUCGACCGGGCGGGGGUAUCGGGACAUCCGAACCAUCGCUCGCUGUACGCAGGCGCCGUGGCUUUCGUCCGGACUCUCAUGGCGGGCAGGCAAGGCUGGGAGUGUCCGGUGAAGGUGUACACGCUCACGUCGACCAAUGUGCUGCGGAAGUACAGCAGUAUUCUGGAUUGCCUGAUGACGAUCGUCACGGCGCUGUUCGCGCGCAAGGAACAGGGGGAAUUCCCGACGCCGUUGCUGGCGGUCAGUUCGCCGGGGGAUUUCAGACGGGCGCAGCUGGCCAUGACGACGGCGCAUAAGAGUCAGAUGCGGUGGUUUCGAUGGGGGUGGAUUGGGGUGAGUCGGUAUAUGGUGAUGAAUGAUCUGGUCAAGGUGAAGGGGUUCUAG